GCUGACAAAUGUCUGUAUUUUGAGGCGGUUUCUCAGAACUGGAGCGCCAUUAUGGAGUGCUUGUUGAUUUAAGGUGGAUGAAAGGUUUUUAGGGCAUGUCAUGAGCUCAUUCUGUGGUCAGGUAACCAACUGUGCUGUGGAAUAUUAUUGAAAUAACAUCUGUUUUAUCUAGAGUCCGAGUUUGUUUUGUGUGCUUCUGUUUUGAUAUUAAUGAACCUUUGCUAAUCAUUUCACAAAAAAGGGUUGUUCUCAACUCUCUGUGGGGUCCAGGGACACAACCACCCAAUCAGCAGCUGAGAGCGUUGUUGUCUUGGAUUUUGACUGGUCUAUUAAGGUGGUCAUGGUAAUGUCCUGAUUUCAGUAGUUUGCACUGUCCUCAGUUUGAGCCACUGUCCUAGCCUUUCCACUGAGCCGUCUUGAUAUUCUGCAUCUCUGUGGGUAAAUAAGAAUCGAGAUGGGCUUUUUUAUGGAUGCAAAUGGAGACUGGCCCUCCAAAAAAAUCAAGAAAAACAGAAGUCAGUCCCCUUUUCGUGAUGUGUCACCUGUACCAUCGCAUUUCUCAGAACCAGCCUCAUUCCUGCAACACAGGGGGCCACUCAGGGAUGAAGAUGACGACGAUGAUGUUCGGAGUCAUAAGAGCUUGCCAGCGGUAACUGGACAAACCCUCCAACACAGAGACAAGAAGUCAUACAGACAUUCUGGAAAGCACAACAUAACUGGCUUACCUCCCAUCAUAACCACCAGGUGCAGUCUGAUUGUGAAAGGCACUGGAUAUAAAACUGUCCCCAAACUCCCACCAAUCGCAAAAUCCAGGAAUACUCGGAAGCAAAUAGACCCCCCAAGACCACCUUGUAGAUUUGGAAGCAGGCCAGACAAAAUGGAAUUCAGUUCCACUAAACCUGUUCAUGCAUUGAUGCAUCCAAAAAUUCUACCUGUCGGGCAGACGUCUCUCUCUUUCAAGGUGCAUAGCGUUCAAGGAAACGGGCCCUGCUUGCUUUCUGCCAAUGCCUCUGGAGUGUCCCCGAGAUCUCGACUCACUUUCCAAAGUCCUGUAGUGCAGGCAGUGUACCCUAUCAGUCCUGACACCAUACAACAGAUGAGGCAGACUGACAGAGCGUGCCAGCCCCUGAGGUCUGUGCUGAAAAAAGCACCAAAUGGAGGAGUAUUUGACUGCCCACUGGCGGCCCACCUGCUGGAGCCAUUUUCUGGGUUUCAGGAGCAUUUGUGCCGCCAGAUCCUACAUUCUCCACUGCCUUAUCGUGCAGCUCUUCCGCAGGUCCACUUUCCUUGUCUCCAGGACCAGGAGGAUCUGUUGCCUGCAUACAGGGGCCCAUACGGUUCCCUGAUGGAGCGCACCGUGGAGCUGUGCAACUCCCAAGGACAGAAGCUUCCCAAAAUCACCAUGACUUGCCCGACUCCUUCUCCGAAAUAUUUGAGCCGUACAGAAUUUCAGCAUGCGGCUUAAAGGAAUAACCAAGAAUAACCAAGUAAUCUGACAAGCUUAAAGGAACUUUUAACAAAAUUAAUAUCGCUCUGGGCACAAAGGAUUACAAAAAGAUCACCAAAGUUCACCGAGAUCACCAAUUCAUUUUGUUCAGAGACAAUAAAUAAGCCAAAACAGACAUCUGUGCAGUCUCUUGGCGCUUUUCUUGAUUGCGUAGUGAUUAUUGAACUCGCGGUCAUAAUGUUCUCCUGUGCACAACUCAAGUUAUUGCUGGAUAACCAAUCAUCUUUCAUCUGGUUGCCAUGGAAGCUCUAAGGAUCAUUAAACUGUUGGAACUUUACCCUGGGGGCUGCACUGUUCCACAGGUACAGGAAGUGCCUCUGAGGAGCAUUAAAAAGUCAUGCUGUACAAUUUUCUGGGUGUUAAGAUCCCAGGGAAGGAAUCAUAAAGGAAUCAUAGUCUGCCUUACUGAGGAAGAAUGUAAUAUUUUUUCUUUCUUCCACUUUACUUUUUAAAAUCAAUACAAUAUUCUCAGUUGACAAGAAUCUACAAUGUGAUAGGGGGCCAAGAGCAGUUUUUACAUUUUGCAUCAUUGCCUAGUGCAGAUGUAUCUUUUGGGAUAAGUAUCUUUGCUAGAAGUAACAGUACCGUUAAUAGACCUAUGACAGAGUAAUAUUGACUUCUUCAGGAUGUGGUGGUUGGGGUUUAUUGCAACAUUUGAAAAGUACUGUUGUACAUCAGUGUAAUUCAUCUAUCAUUUCCUCUGAUUUAAUGCAUUACUCAUGGGUAAGGUAAAGUUUAGGUGCAGAGAUAUGGUCAAGACUACAAUUUUGGAUUAAAAUGUUGUUCCAACACAUCGAACUCUGCAAAAUCAGGACGUGCCUUGUCCAACCCUUCCAUUAUUUACCGUGUAAACCUGCCAUGUCAGUUCUAACCAGAACUAUUAUACCUUUAAUGUUUUAAUUUUAUUUAGACUAGUACUGUUGAGGAGGAGAGUACGUAAGGGAUUUCUAAUAAUUAAAGGAAUAUGGGAACUUG